CCGGCUCCGGUGGUUGGGCGGAGGAAGCGCGGGACUCCUCCUCCCCACCGUAUUAACAUGCACCCAGGGGCGGGUGACCAGCCCAGCCUCGCCGCCCCAGCCCGCAGCGUCCCGGCGCUCAACCUCCGCGCCAGAGGCGAGCGCUGCGCUCCCGGCGCCGCAAUCCCGAGGACACGGCCUCGCCGACACCUCCGGCUCCGGGGAAUCGGCAGCAUCAGCGGCGGCAGCGGCCGCAGCCGCCUCAGCUCCUCUCUUGAGUGCUUCUCAUCACCUCGCUGAGAGCCUGUCCUGGCCCCGGGGACACCCCUUUCGUCCUCCCUGCGAGGCUCGUGGGACCGACGGACGGACGCAGGCACCGAGGGCCGGACUGCGGGCAGCGGCAAGCGCUCGGUGAAUGGUGCUCUGGAGCACCUUCUGUGAUUACACCUCACACCUUUUCCUGGGACACUUUCUUGAAAGGAUCAGCUAACAUCAAUUGACUCAGAUAUCAUCCCAGAUUAAUGGAGUUGUUGCAGAGCAGAUUACGCUUGUCUUGCUAAGAUUGGAACAGUUGAACAUCACGUACCAAGAGUGACAUCAGGUUAAAAAAAAACGCCAAGUUUGAAUCUUUUCCUGCCUUAGCAGCAAGAAAAAUGGAAAAUUGAUAAUCAAAGGUGUGAUUUGCAGUUUCCAAGUUAUCUCCCCUUCCCAAUGGCUGACCAGUUCUACUGAUUUGCAGAUUCAUAAAGUCUUUACUUAUCAUUGUAGUGCAGGAUGCCUCCCUGAACGAUGUGAAUUCCCCCCGGUGCCAGCAAUAGCAGAUGGUGAGGAGAAGGGGCCAUGCAGAAAUUGAAAAUUUCCAGCAGCUAAACCUUUCUGCAAAGGCAAGUCCAAAAGCUGUGGAGAUCCAUUGAUUGCAGGGCCAUCCCUGCUGUGCUGCCUGCAGUGUCCUAAAGUUUCUUGGAGCUAUUGAUGGGGCAGAAAGAUGAUGUACUUUAAGUUUCACAGACCCAGGUUUAAGUCCUAGCUUAGCUGCUUACUAGUUGUGCUCCUGGGCAAGCUAUUGAAAUUCUGUGAACCUCAGUUUCUUCAUCUGUGCAAAGGAGAGAAAUCAAGCCAAGCUUUUGAGGGUUUGAAGGAAGGUAUAUUCAGUUCCCGGCACAUAAUAGGCACAUAAUAAAGCAAAACUUGUAUUUCACUGGAUUCAAAAAUUCCAGUGAGGACCUUGUAGCCCACUUCAGAAAGAGAAAAAGUCUUCCCUCGUGACAUCAAUUUAUUAUCAGCAAGGUUCUAACCAGAAGUCCCCCUGUCUUCAGAGAUGUGCAGAGAAUCUGACAUGGAGUUUUCUACAACAGUUCUUGCAAUCACUGCCAUUGUAGCUCAAGAGCUUCUAAUUGCUGAGAAGGCCAAAGGAGGAUGAAUGAGCCACAGGACAGAUGCAGCCUGUGUGCUGCAGAUGAGACAGCAAAGCAGGCUUUCAUCAGCAAUCUUCAUUAGGCACCGCUCAAAUACUGCCCAUUGAGCACAGUGCCCACACCAAAGACACGUUAUUCCCGGUCUUUGCGGGAGACGGGUCUGGAACCUAGCCCCUGGGUGUCCAUGACCCCCGCGUCUCCGCCCCAUCAGCGAUGAAAGGGUUAUCGGGCAGCCGCAGCCAUCACCACGGCGUCACCUGUGAUUCCGCCUGUGACUCGCUGUCGCACCACUCGGACCGCAAGCCAUACCUGCUGAGCCCGGUGGAGCACCACCCCGCGGACCACCCUUACUACACUCAGCGCAACUCCUUCCAGGCCGAGUGCGUGGGCCCCUUCAGCGACCCGCUGGCCAGCAGCACCUUCCCGCGCAGGCACUACAACUCGCAGCAGGAGCUGAAGGACGAGUGCGCCCUGGUGCCCCGCACCCUGGCCACCAAGGCCAAUCGCAUUCCCGCCAACCUCCUGGACCAGUUUGAGAGGCAGCUGCCACUCAACCGGGAUGGCUACCACACGCUGCAGUACAAGCGCACGGCCGUGGAGCACCGCAGCGACAGCCCCGGCCGCAUCCGCCAUCUGGUCCACUCGGUCCAGAAGCUCUUCACCAAGUCGCACUCCCUGGAGGGGCCGUCCAAGGGCAGCGUCAACGGGGGCAAAGCCAGCCCCGAUGAGACGCAGACCGUGAGGUAUGGCAAGCGCAGCAAGAGCAAGGAGCGGCGCGCCGAGCCCAAGGCCCGCCCCAACACCUCCCCGGGCUGGUGGAGCUCCGACGACAACCUGGACGGCGACAUGUGCAUCUACCACGCCCCCUCGGGCGUGAUGACCAUGGGCAGGUGCCCCGACCGCUCAGCCUCGCAGUACUUCAUGGAGGCCUACAACACCAUCAGCGAGCAGGCGGUGAAAGCCUCUCGGAGUAACAACGACGUCAAGUGCUCCACCUGUGCCAACCUGCCGCCCGUCAACCUGGACGCGCCCCUCCUGAAGAAGAGCGCCUGGUCCUCCACGCUGACCGUGAGCCGAGCGCGGGAGGUUUACCAGAAAGCCUCGGUUAACACGGACCAGGCCAUGGUGAAGUCAGAGUCGUGUCAACAAGAGCGUUCCUGCCAGUACCUUCAGGUUCCUCAAGAUGAAUGGACAGGGUACACCCCUCGAGGUAAAGAUGAUGAAAUUCCAUGCCGAAGAAUGCGGAGUGGCAGCUAUAUCAAGGCCAUGGGAGAUGAAGACAGUGGUGACUCAGACACAAGUCCCAAACCUUCUCCUAAAGUUGCUGCACGAAGAGAAAGCUAUCUCAAGGCUACUCAGCCAUCCCUUACAGAACUUACCACACUCAAGAUUUCCAAUGAACACUCCCCCAAACUCCAGAUCCGGAGUCACAGUUACCUGAGGGCGGUAAGUGAAGUCUCCAUCAACCGAAGCCUGGACAGCCUUGACCCUGCAGGCCUGCUCACAUCACCAAAGUUCCGCUCCAGGAAUGAGAGCUACAUGCGAGCCAUGAGCACCAUCAGCCAGGUGAGCGAGAUGGAAGUGAACGGGCAGUUCGAGUCGGUGUGCGAGUCUGUGUUCAGCGAGCUGGAGUCGCAGGCCGUGGAAGCCCUGGACCUGCCCAUGCCCGGCUGCUUCCGCAUGCGGAGCCACAGCUACGUGCGCGCCAUUGAGAAGGGCUGCUCCCAGGACGACGAGUGCGUGUCCCUGAGGUCCUCGUCCCCGCCGCGCACCACCACCACCGUGAGGACCAUUCAGAGCAGCACGGUGUCAUCUUGCAUUACAACAUAUAAGAAGACACCACCUCCAGUCCCACCCAGAACUACCACGAAACCUUUCAUUUCUAUCACAGCCCAGAGUAGCACAGAGUCUGCCCAGGAUGCCUACAUGGACGGACAGGGCCAGCGAGGAGAUAUUAUCAGCCAGUCUGGACUGAGCAACUCCACGGAAAGCCUGGACAGUAUGAAGGCUCUGACAGCCGCCAUUGAAGCCGCAAAUGCCCAGAUCCACGGCCCUGCAAGCCAACACAUGGGCAACAACCCUGUCACCGUCACCACCACGACCACCAUAGCCACCGUCACCACAGAGGACAGGAAGAAGGACCACUUUAAGAAAAAUCGAUGCCUGUCUAUCGGGAUACAGGUGGAUGAUGCUGAAGAACCUGACAAAACAGGGGAAAAUAAAGCACCCAGUAAGUUCCAGUCCGUAGGAGUGCAAGUAGAAGAAGAGAAAUGCUUCCGCAGGUUCACUCGAUCCAACAGUGUGACGACAGCAGUGCAGGCCGACCUGGACUUCCACGAUAACCUGGAAAACUCUCUGGAGUCUAUAGAGGACAAUUCGUGCUCCGGCCCCAUGGCCAGACAGUUCUCCCGGGACGCCAGCACCUCCACCGUCAGCAUUCAGGGCUCAGGAAACCAUUACCACGCCUGCGCAGCCGACGAUGACUUUGACGCGGAUUUCGACCCUUCGAUUCUGCCUCCCCCGGAUCCCUGGAUUGACUCGAUCACCGAAGACCCCCUGGAGGCCGUCCAGAGGUCAGUGUGCCACCGGGACGGCCACUGGUUUCUGAAGCUUCUGCAGGCAGAGCGAGACCGCAUGGAAGGGUGGUGCCAGCAGAUGGAGCGGGAAGAGCGGGAGAACAACCUGCCGGAAGACAUCCUAGGGAAAAUCCGAACCGCAGUGGGCAGUGCCCAACUUCUCAUGGCCCAGAAAUUCUACCAGUUCAGAGAACUGUGUGAAGAAAACCUGAAUCCCAAUGCUCAUCCAAGGCCCACCUCCCAGGAUUUGGCGGGGUUCUGGGACAUGCUGCAGUUGUCCAUAGAAAACAUUAGUAUGAAAUUUGAUGAACUUCAUCAGUUAAAGGCCAAUAAUUGGAAACAGAUGGAUCCUCUUGACAAGAAGGAGAGAAGGGCCCCUCCUCCAGUGCCAAAGAAGCCGGCGAAGGGCCCCGCGCCGCUGAUCCGGGAGCGCUCGCUGGAGAGCUCGCAGCGCCAGGAGGCCCGCAAGCGCCUGAUGGCCGCCAAGCGCGCCGCGUCCGUCCGCCAGAACUCGGCCACCGAGAGCGCCGAGAGCAUCGAGAUCUACAUCCCCGAGGCGCAGACCCGGCUCUGAGGCGCCGGGCCCCGCGCGCGCACCCCGCCUCGUCGCCACCAAGUAUCUGUCCUCCCCCUCCUCUUCCCUCUCCCCCCUCGCCCUCCGAGCCCGUCUGUUUCUGAGCUCAGUGACUUCCACUGUCGCGGUGUAGUUGUCGAUCUUGCAGGAGCCGUCCCCCACUAACCCCUGCUGCCCGGACCCGUUUGCCCAUGUUCUUCACCGAGCUUCGCCACCCGUACCGACGCGUCACCCUCCCUCAUUCGGAGAGCCGACCCUUUCUUUUCUUGGCAAAACCAAACCCACCUGUGUAGAAAUGGCCCCUUUAGGUCCCCCACCAUCCUCAGUUCUCUCCAGCUAGUCUGUUCCUAGAGCUCAGCAAUAUCAAACCAUAGAGUAUUUCAGAAAUCCAGUAUCACAGGGUGAUCCUUUGGGACUUAACCGUCUUCCACGUGAAAGAAAACUAGGGCUCCGAGUCCCUUUAUUUCCCCUAAGCGGUUAUUAUUUUGUAAAGCAGAUGGAGCACUUUAUUUCCAACCUCAGAAAUCACGCCAUCUCACGGAAUCAAUGAGUGACAAACCGAGAGGGAACGGAGAUGGGCUGGCGGUGGGGGACCGGGAUGUGUAGUGGGAACGGGAGAAGCGAAAUCUGCAGGUGCCGGGGUACCUGCUCCACUCACAGCUGCACAAACUGCCUCACUGUUGCCUCAUCCAUCCCUGCUUCAGAUGUCUCAAUCAGCAGAAGAUUGUAAAUUCGAUCUUUCAGGGAAAUUAACCUAUUCUGAAAGGCAAUAACAUGAAGGGCCAGGCAAAGGAAGCACUGAUAGUUUAAGAUACUACAUAAGGGUUUUUCUUUUUUGUCCUAUUAUUAAGAAAAUUUAGACCUGCCGUGUUUUAUCAACUUUUAUUGUACUA